AUGUCGUACACUUUUAACUUUGUUUCUUGGAAUUGUCGCGGCGGUGUUACUCAGUUUAGAAAGCAACGUUCAAUACGAUCCUUUGUUUCAACUCUAAACCUUUCUGUUAUUGGUUUAAUUGAGACAAAAAGGGGAUCUUUUGAUGAUUUUUUAAUUCAAAAAUUGUGGCCAAACUUGGAUUUUGAUUAUUGUUUUUCUAGCUCCUCGGGAGCUUCAGGCGGUUUAUUAUGUAUUUGGAAUUCUAGUUUAAUCACUCCAACUAGAAUUAUCAAAUCGGAGAGAUGGAUUAGUGCUGAUUUCAUGUGGUUCACUACUCCUAUUCGGUUCAUACUCGUUUAUGCAAACAACUGUCAUAUUGCUAGAGGCAAUCAUUGGAAUGCCCUUCUUCCAGAGAUAAGUUGUGAUUCUAUUUGCAUUCUUUCUGGAGACUUUAAUGAAGUCCUAGAACCAUCAGAGAGAGUUGGAUGUUCAUCAUUCUCGCAAUCAAUGAUUGCUUUUUCAGAUUUCAUAAAUUCAAGUGGUCUUUUGGAAAUUCCAUUGCAAGGUCGUUUCUUCACUUCGCAAAACAGUUUUCCAAAGUCAACACUUGAUAGAUGCUUUGUUUCUAAUUCGGCUUUCUUAACAUGGCCUCAUAUUCAUUUAAAGGCUUUAGCAAGAUCGUUUUCUGACCACGUUCCGAUUGCUUUUUCAUCUUCAAGUACUAUCGAUUGGGGUCCUCGUCCGUUUAGAUCUAUUAAUGCAUGGUGGAAGUGUAAUACCCCAAAAUAUUAA